UUUCUGUGGGAUUACAGUUGAGGCAGCACGCUAAAGAAGCCGCUUUCCAGAGCCUUAAAACGUCGAAUAAAACACAAAAAAGUUAGGUGCCUCCUGUUGCUUCUCUUCUCUGGUAACCCAGCACAAAAGUGACAAACCUUUUUCAAAGCACCAUGGAUCCAUUUGGGCCAAACAACUCAGAACAGGGAGCAACUCCUCAGGACAGGAACAUCAUCAACGGAGCCAGCCUCCAGUUUGGGAAGAUGCGGCGUCAUGCAGGCUUGUCCCAGUCAGAGAACCAGACCUCUGGGCCUGAAGAAGAGUGCUUGAGCUCCUCUGUGGAGAUGGGCAGCUCCUAUGGCCGAAGCCCCGUCCUCCAGAGCAUGCGUGCUGAGAACUUCGCAAAGCCUCUUUCAUCUUCCCCGAGGAGCCCCAACACCAGAGGCACCUGGAAUGCCCACCCCACGCGGCACCAGCAGGAUGGCACCCAAGUCCCCACGGUGAAGUCAUCCGGCACCCCUCACCGUCGCUACAGCAGAGGCCGCAAUCGCACCUCGUCUGAGACGGAGAAGGGUGGCAGAGGCAGCAGGGAGCCCAAAGCCAGGAAGAGGGGCUUCUCUGGGAGUGAGAACGCCAACAUGAGUGGACUGCAGUGCCUGGCCUCAGAGAAAGUCUGGUUUGACAAGCACCGCUAUGAUGAGUCCGAGAGGAAAUUCUACGAGGGCUUGAACGGACCUGCCACCAAGCAACAACAGGUGAAAAGCACCCUGCAGCAGGCCAAAGGGCGCCCGCAAAAACGUCAGCACAGAAAUUCUUCCUCACAUUCAGCUGGAGACCAGGACCUGAUUGCACGCAUGAAGAGCCUGGAAUUGGAGAACCAGACUUUGCACAAAGUGGUGGGGGACAUGAGGGCCGCCCUGCAGAAACUGGAGUCCAGAGUGGCUCAGCUGGAGAAGACCCCUGCACCAGCCACUGUACCCGCAGUCAAGGCCGAGCUCAUUCAGGUUGCCCCAGCCAAAAAAGUUGUGGUGGAAGAGAAUUGCGAUGACGACGAUGAUAUUGACCUGUUCGGUACUGAUGACGAAGAUGAGGAGGCGGCUCGCCUCAAGCAGGAACGCAUAGAGGCGUAUGCCGCCAAGAAGGCUAAGAAGCCUGUCUUGAUCGCCAAGUCGUCAAUCUUAUUGGACGUCAAGCCUUGGGACGACGAGACAGACAUGACUAAGCUGGAGGAGUGCGUGCGUUCGGUGCAGAUGGACGGGCUCCUGUGGGGGGCUUCCAAGCUGGUGCCAGUGGGCUAUGGCAUCAAAAAGCUGCAGAUCAACUGUGUGGUGGAGGACGACAAAGUGGGUACAGACAUCUUGGAGGAGGAGAUCACCAAGUUUGAGGACUAUGUCCAAAGUGUCGACGUUGCUGCCUUCAAUAAGAUAUGAACAAAAUGCUGCUUAUUGGUACAUAUAAUUAAAAUUUAAAAAAAUCCCUGAGCAACUUCUGCCUUAUUUGGCCUCUUCAUAUUAGCACUGGCUAUGACAAUAGGCAGACCUGCACAGUCUGAGGUCAAGUCAGAGUAGGACAAUCCAAAUUUGGAUAAGCACCUCAAGGCAUCUCGUUACACUGUGCAGGUGUAACUAAUACUGUGGCCUAAGUCUUUACAGGGAACACAACUUCAAAGUAGACCCCAAACCCACCCAAAAUCCUGGAUACACAGGCUGGCUGAACGUAGUCUGGACACUGUGAAGGUGAACCAUGCUAUCAGACACGUUGUAGAAGGACAAAACACCACCCCUAAAGUUCAGAUACACUCCUAUCCUGUUGCCACAUGGUAUGGCCAAGCUAACGCUGUGCUUGUCGUGCCGAAACAUACACCCGCCGUGCGUGCAGUCCAGGCUCCAGGAUUUGGAGUUGUGGCCCAGUUUGCUGUCGCUGCCGCCACCGCUCCUGCUCAUGCUUCUGUAGCAAACGCCCACAGAAGCCCCACCCUUACCGGCCCACUCCACCUCCCAGUAGCAGCGGCCCGCCAUACCGGCGCGACACAGUACCUGAGCCCAGCUGGUGAAGCGGUCAGGGUGCUCGGGGUAUGGCUGGGGCUCGGAGCGUGUGGUCACCGCUCUGUGGCCCUCGGACAAGCUCAGGUAUGGGUUGGCGGUGUUGAGGUCCAGUGUUAAAUCUUGGGUAUCUGUGCACACCAAUUAAGUUUUAAAUAUGGACGGCAACAGCCUUAAAAAAUGAAAAAUCUUACUCACAGUGUAGAAAUUCUUCUCUGGUCUUUGGUUCUGAGUCAUAUAGUAUGUGAGAAUCUAGAGUUACUAGAAGGAUGAGAUGAAGAAAUAUGAGUUGAUGACCAAAAUCAAUUAAAUCCAACUUAUUUGCAUAUACCUUUGGUCUUUUCUGAGGGAUUUGGAUUGCUUGUUUCCUUUAGUGAAAACACUGAAAAUGAAGACAAAUGUAAGCGUUGUUUAUCCACAAAAUAAGUCGUCAUAAAGAUUGUAAUGUGCUGUAGACUUGCCUUUAUCUGAGAUUCUGUUAAAUUCUCUCUGGAGGCUUUCAUCCAGACUGUCCCUCAGCUCGGCCAGGCCACCUCUGAUGCUUUUAUACAUCAAGUAGGGAAAUGUGUCCGUGUUGGGAGUCUGCACCCUCUUGGAUGGGAAAUGAAGGGAUCUGCACUUCUGCAGUGAUGAGCCAAUUACAUUACAUUUAUUUUAAAAAAACCCAACAAAAGGAAUUGGCUGUAUCAAACACUUCCUGCUCACCUGAAGGAAGUGGAGAUGGUCAUCCAUCCGAGAGAGCUUCUCCAGCUCCGCCUCGCCCCUCCUUAACUCUGUCAUCUCACGCUCCACCUUCUCCAGAAGCUGCUCGGCCUGAGUGAGGGCCACCCGCUCACGGCCUCGGAUCAUCUCCUUCACGUCGCUCCUAUGCUUCUCAAUGGUGCGGAUAAGCUUGGAGAAGAUCCUCUCGCUUUCCUCCACUGCCGCCUCAGUGGCGUGCUGCGUGAGAUAAACAAGUAUUGGCAACAAUCACUGGCAACUCUGCAUUGGGACAAAAGACUCAGUGCCCUACUAGAUCUAGAAGAUGGUAUAAGAAAAACCCCAAAGCAAAAAAAAAAAAAAUGCAGCCCCAUGUUGCUAAGGAAACAACAUAAUAUGCAUAACUGGUUUAAAAAAAAAAAAAAAAACUUUUGGGGUUCAAACCAUUGUGCCCCACAAAUUCUGCCUAGCAACAAGUCCAACCAAUUCUAUUGAAACUGUCCGGAUUUUAAAGUGUAAGGCGCCACUCGUCCCCUGGGCGGGGGACACCAACUCAGGGUAGGUGCAGCAGCUUGAAGGGAAAAAAACCUCAAUAAAAAAUAUAUACAUUUUUAUCCUGGAAUAAUAAUUUCAGCUACAAAAUUAUAUAUCUAAUAUCCAUCCAUCUAUUUUGUAUGCCGCUUAUCCUCACUAGGGUCGCGGGUAUGCUGGAGCCUAUCCCAGCUGACUUCAGGCGAGAGGCUGAAGUUUCAAAUUCACAUUUGAAAUAGCAACACCCUUAGGAAUGAUCAAAUCAAGAGUGUGACCUCUGCUAUGAGAAGGUUGGGUUACAUGCUGAGUUAGACCAAACGUUUCAAGGACAGCAGUGAGUUCUUUAGCUCGCCUGUCAUUAGCUACAUCCACAUGCACAUUCAAGUCCCCCGUAAUGACCAAAUAGUCAAAAUCAGUGCACACAACUGAAAGUAAUUUUGAAAAAUUGUCAUUUUGAAUGACACAUACUUAAAAGAAAAAAAGCCCAAAUGACAAUUUUUGGGUGAGUAUAUUGUCCCUUCAAUAUGGCACAAACGCCACCACCCCUCUGGGCUUGUCGUGUUUCAGAAAGAAAGUAGAAAUGAGGAGGACUAGACUCAAUCAGGACAGCAUUAACUGUGUUUUUGUUGAGCCAUGUCUCAGUUAAAAACAUAUCGAGAUUGUAAAAGGAAAUAAAAAAUGAAUUAAAAAUGAUUUAUUACUUAAAGAUCUGACAUUGAGUACAGCAUGUUUAAGAUUAGCCAGAGUUGAACUGGGCGUGUGUUCUUGCAAAGGAUGGGGAUUAGAUUGCUUUGAUUGGACAGUCUGCCUCUUACCUAAUCGAUGUGGAUUGACACCCUGGACUGGUCGUCUUAAUUGUUUUAAUAUUUAGUGGAUACAGUAACUCGAGGGUUGAAGGUAUAUAAAAAUGUUUUUUCUUUUACAGCAACAAUCACAAGUGAGCUUGCUGUUUCACACUUAAACAACCCCACUUUUAGUACAUUAAAUUAGCAUCAGAAGACAAAUUGGCGUUGACAAAAAAAAAAGUUGGUUGUUGCCCCUAGAAUUAUUUUAUGUAAUAAAUUUCCUUAUUCAACCUCAAAAGUUAGUGUUCUCACUUUAAUGUAUCUGACAACAUAUCGUAGCUCCUUCUCCGCAUCCUUUAGGUUCUGCUCGCACUUCAAAGAUGCUUCUUGGAGUUUUCUCUACAAAAGAUCACAAACUCAGUUUAGUCCCUCCUCAAAUUAUUAGAACCAAAGAACCAUUUUCCGCAAAGUGAGCUUGCGGACAGAAAAUCAAUGGUGUCUAAUCAUAAUAAUUGCCCACUAUGCUCACAGCCACUUCGGGGGCAUACUUACGUAAAUGGUAUUUCAGGAUUGCUAUGAUUUGCAGUGUUCAGCAUUUAAGUUUUUUGGGUUUUUUUGUUACUGUUGCCGUUAUUCUAUACUUGAUGAUUAUUUACCUGUUGUUCUGUACGCUCGUCCACCAGUUGCACGACCUCAUGACCCUUGUGUUGACUUUUCACACACCGCGAGCAUGCGCCCUCAUGGUCCACUCGGCAGUAGCUCCUCACUACUUUGUGGUGAUAAGGACAUAACUUCUCUUUAGAACGUUUAGUUGUCUGUGGAAAACACAAUCACAGACCCAGAACAAGCACUUGUGUUACAUGUGGGCAUGUGCAGGACUUCACAUACAACCAAAACAAAUACUGUACAUCUACAUCCUAGGUUCCCAAAGCGGGGUACACCGAUUGGCAUGAGGGGUACGUGAAUAAAAAUGAAAAAGAAUCAGCGCCUCACAUUCACUAUUGCAAGUGUGCCUGAACGCCUCACGGCGCAAGGAGAACAGAGCAGAAAGACAGAGCAUGAAGCUGUUCAUUGCUCUGUGUGCAUCUUAAGAACAAGUUUGAUGAUUAUUUUAUGCAGUAAGUGUUUCAUUUUGAAGAUUCCAUUUAUAUAUUAUAGAUGGUAAACAAAUUUGGUGGCCGUUAUUGUCCAGUGAUGUCAUAUUGGUCAAUUUUUAAAUGUGAUAAAACGAGAAUAAAUCAACUUUUUUACUAUGUUAUGUUAAUGGUGGUGACGAAUAGCAACAUUUAAAUCUACAUAUAAACGCUUCACCAAUUACAGUUGCAAUACGCAAGUUGACUUCACAUUCAGUACAAAGCAAAGGAGCUGGAAAUAAAGGAGUACAAGUAAGCCCACUUGUGGUGUACCCUGAGAGCUCAUUGCUUGAAAUUAAAUGGACAGGAAAGAUAGUGGACCUGCUGAGUGCAUUCAGCUAUUUGGUGGAACAACAUGAUAACUGUAAACCGAUGGGGCGAAAAUACAGGCGUAACAGGAUUUGGGGUGAGUGUAUUAGGAAAAGAAGUGGGUAUACAAAAAAGAUCCGGGGAUGGAUUAGGGGUAUACACAGUAGAAAUGGUGGCAGUCAAAUGGGUGACGUUAACGUCACAAAAGAAGACCGUUAUGCUCAGACUCGGCAUGAGUUCUGGAAAGUAUCACAUCAUUUCACUCGGACAGCAGACAGGACAUUCUAUAUCAGAUGCUGCAAGUCACAAAGAUAAA